AUGGAGGAACUUUUAGAAAAGGAAAGAAAGGCCAGGGUAAAAAAUGACUACGAGACACUUUUAAAGACAUUUGAAGACCUGAUGAAUCUUUGUAAGUCUGACGAGGAACUUGUUGGGCUCGCCCGGGUCCUUACAAUAAAGAGAGGCCAGAACCGAAUGGCAAUCAAAUGGAUGAUUGGGCAGCUAUUUGAAAGGAAGAAGCAAGAGAAAGGGUUUGUUGUGUUUUUCAGCUCUAUCUUGAGAGAAGUGAUUGAAGGGAGGAUUUUUCUUGAAGAGGAAAGGAUAUACAUCACAGAAGAGCUUAAGAAAAGAUACGAGUUGUCUGGAGACAUCAAGAGUGCACUGGAUGUGGUUAUAAAUGUUCCGGUGGAAACAUUUACAAUGGUUAAGGAAAGUGUUGUGGUCAACUACCAGCUUGAGCAACUAAGGCUGUGUGUGCAGAACCAAGAUUGGAUAAGGGCAGACAUAAGCAUGAAGAAGAUCAGGAGAAAGUACUUUGAAGAGAACGAUACUGUUGCUGAGAAGAUCAAGUUCUAUGAGCUUAUCGUAUUGCUCCAUCUUGGGCAGAGGAGAUAUUUCAAUGCAUCCGACGUUUACUACUCCCUCAGUAAGCUUGGAGAAAACUCUACCUGCUAUGUUGUACUGAGCUCGUUCUUUUGUAUCCUAACAACAUGCGAAACAGAAAUGGAAGAUGUGGUUGACAGAAGGAUAGAAAUGUUGAGAAAGCUCAGCCUGGACAAAAACAACGAUGAGGUUUCCAGAUCCAUUGUAAAUAGGUUCUUGUCACGUAUCAUUAUAGACAGGUCAAUGAUCAAUGAGAUACAACAGGCCUUUUCCUCUGUCCUAGAUGUCUCAAUCUACUUGAAUGAUCUUGGCUCUGUAAUCGAUGAGCACAACUUCAGAAUUGUUGAAAGGUUUUACUCGUCUAUCAGCAUCCAAGAGAUCUCAAUGGUGAUGCAAAGCUCCUCAGAAAACGUCAUCCGAAAGAUAUCCUUCAUGGUCAACAACAAGUUUACAAAAUGUAAGAUCAAUCAAAAGACAGGGAUUAUCGAAUUUAGGAAGAGAAAGUGGAAUGACAGCGUUGAUGAUGUGAUGAACAAGCUAAUCAAGUGUAAUCACCUUAUACAUAAGGAGCGGCUUAAGCUCUCUAUUAAAAGAAGUUAA